AUGGCGCCCUGGGACGAUUUCGAUUCUAUCUUUUACUUUAACAAAAACUUCACCUACGAUGACAAGGUUAUCGAGCAGAUCGUCGCCAACCGCCGUGCACUCGAAAACCAGCUGUUCGCCGACCGACUGCUAGGAUUGCUCGGAGUUAAAGCAGGUAUUCUCUCCCCCCAUCCAGCCCUGAAGCGAAGAUCCAAUGCCGACCUCCGGACUCUUGUCGGACACAUUCUUUCCUCCCCCAUGGACAUAGAGCACAAGCAAGCGUUGAUCUACUAUAUCCUGAAAGAUUGCCGUGCCGCCAGCGAUGCGGCUUCUCAGUUUUCGCGGCGGUGUCAUUUGCCGGAGAAGUACAGAUUGUUCAUAGAAGGACUAUGGAACCUCGAUAGGCUUGAAUUUAAGCGAGCCGUCGAAUAUCUGACUGAGCCUUCUAUCAUUCCCACCUUCCCGGAUGAAAUCCUCUAUGUCCUUACUCUUCCUCGGCUUCCCAAGCACGAUGACAGCCUCGUAAUGGCAUACUACCUUACUGUUUCCCCACCUUUGGCAUCGGAGAAGGUCCAGCGAGCCUUCUUCAAGACUCUCUGUCGCGCAAGCAUUACGGAGGCCUUCUACUUCACCCGCAAGAACGACGACAAUCUACGUCGGAGCUAUCUUACACAGCUCAUCGAGUUCGUGCACACAACGGACGCUGGUCAGCUUCGGAGCAGUCGCGCGCUGGAACUAAUCGGCCUUCCAUUUGACGACCAAGAAGAGGAAUGGUUCGAGGAUGCUCUGCUCCACGGAAGCGCAAAGGGUCUCCAUGGCUCCAAGGACACAGUCAUGAUGCGCCGCCUUGCCAGUGGCAAGUUGAGCGGACUGGCCCAGGAGCUUGAGUCCCUCGGCGGGGAGAAGAUUGACGGGCUAAACUGGGAUGUCCUGAGACAGAGCGUUACACAUACGCAGACCUCACAGUCCAGCGGAGGGCAAGCUUGA